AUGAGUAACCGUGUGGCCAUCCAAAUACCAUCAGAGAUUAACUCCGUCUUACUCUCACAGAACUGUACGUUGGAACGCUUACUCUCAAUGCCGGAAUUACAAUCGGAGCUUCGAUACAACAAGCGCCUUCAACGAUUUAUUUGUGAUGAAAGUGUGUUACAACAACUCUUUAAAAACAUAUUAGACGAUUCAAACCCAAAACUCCAGUCGCAAGCAACUAAAGUCGUCUGCGCUAAUGUCCUAGCGAUCACCGAAAACAUCUUUUACUUUCCUAAUUUGAUCUCAUCGCUCCUUCAAGAGUUCAUUACAUCAAAGAGUAAUGUGACAAUAUCGUCUAUAUCGAAGGUACUUACUGUAUUACUUGAUAUCCCAACGUCUAAUGUAUUUGAAAUGAUGAAGUCAAUGAAUGACAUAGUUUGCAUCUUACUCUCACACAUUGCGAAUUAUGAGUUGAAAAAUUUUAUUAAAGAAAUUGUCAAAAUAACGAGUGAAGACGGGUCGAACACACUUGGAGCGCUGUAUCUCUAUUCACAGAACAUUGUUAGACUCCUUGUUUCAAAGUUUCUUGAAACAAUAAGAAGUGAAUUGCCUGAUGAAGAAGUGCUGGAGAAUAUUGUCGACGUUUUGCAAGCAAUUUCUUCAAUUAACGGGUGCGAGGAAAGGUUUGUGGCUGACAUUAACUCAUGCCAGAAGAUCAAAGAACUCUUCGACACCAUUUUUGAUGCAAAGAGCAAAAGUACCAAAGCGAUUGGGUUUAAACUCCUUUCGAUAUGCUUGACACAAUCUAGUGUAGUGUAUGGACUCUGUGAGUGUCAGAGAAAUGCACUUCCACAAGUGUACCAAUUACUCUUUGAACAUAUCGAAGAGUUGAAAAGGGAAAUGUUUUAUGAAAGUGGGUGUGUCACUGUUGUACGAAUGGAAUGCAUUAAAAUAGUGAACGCACUCACACUGUCCUAUUUCAAGGUCGUGUAUGAGGAAUUUGUCACUCACAAUGUCUUAGACAUUCUUUUAAAGAUCUUUUUUAGCUAUCAACACAACUGCACUUUGAUUCGUCAAGAUAUCUAUACGAUCGUCGAGGCGAUUGCUAGUCGGGGAAUUCCUAUUCUAGAAGAUCAAAUAUUCAACACGAAGUUUUAUAACAUGUUAAUUGAAGAAGAUAAGAAGUGUAUUCAAUACAAAGACAAGAACGGCUAUUACCCAGAACACCAAGGACUGUUAAUGGAAAUCAUGAACACUGUAUAUAUCUGUAUUUUGGAUGAGCCGGAAUUUGGAAGUGAAGACUUUGUUGAAUAUUACUCGAAAAGUGUCUCACAAAGAAGACUCAAUGGUGGUGAAGUGUCUUAUAAAAUACUAGAGAAAGACGAAGAAGAGAACAAAUGUAUUAUUGAUGUGUAUGAAGAAGACAUCUGA